GCCGCCGCCACUGCCGCGUCGCUCGCUCGCCGAGCCGGGCCGCCGGCACCAUGGGCCAGUGCGGCAUCACGUCCUCCAAGACCGUGCUGGUUUUCCUCAACCUCAUCUUCUGGGGGGCAGCUGGCAUUCUGUGUUACGUGGGAGCCUACGUCUUCAUCACGUAUGAUGACUACGACCACUUCUUUGAAGAUGUGUACACGCUCAUCCCUGCAGUGGUGAUCAUAGCUGUGGGAGCUCUGCUUUUCAUUAUUGGACUCAUUGGCUGCUGUGCUACAAUCCGGGAAAGUCGCUGUGGACUUGCCACGUUUGUCAUCAUCCUGCUCUUGGUUUUUGUCACAGAAGUUGUUGUCGUAGUUUUGGGAUACGUUUAUAGAGCAAAGGUGGAAAAUGAGGUUGACCGCAGCAUUCAGAAAGUGUAUAAGACCUACAAUGGCACCAACCCUGAUGCUGCUAGCCGAGCCAUUGACUAUGUACAGAGACAGUUGCACUGUUGUGGAAUUCAUAACUAUUCAGACUGGGAAAAUACAGAUUGGUUCAAAGAAACCAAAAACCAGAGUGUCCCUCUUAGCUGCUGCAGAGAGACUGCCAGCAGCUGUAACGGCAGCCUGGCUAACCCCUCCGACCUCUAUGCUGAGGGGUGUGAGGCUCUAGUUGUAAAGAAGCUUCAAGAAAUCAUGAUGCAUGUUAUCUGGGCAGCACUGGCCUUUGCAGCCAUCCAGCUGCUGGGCAUGCUGUGCGCCUGCAUCGUGCUGUGCAGAAGGAGUAGAGAUCCUGCCUAUGAGCUCCUCAUCACUGGCGGCACGUACGCAUAGAGGCGGCUGGAGCCUGAGAUAAUCUGAGUCGUCUCGUUCUGAUUUGGAAGGUGAAUUGAGCAGGCUUGCUGCAGUUGGCCUCCCGAGUUCAUCUAGUUAAAGCACACGUACACUGGUGUUGGACGGAGCAGCUUGGCUUUUCAUGUACCCACCUACC